AUGGAGCUCGAUCCCAAGUACGACGACUAUGACUACCCUACCACCGCGCCCGUCGCGCAGGAGGGCCACCCCGGCCACUUGACUGCCCAGCAGCAGGCUCAGGUCACCCAGCUUCGUAUGAUGCUCGAGUCCGAGGGCUACACCAAGCGCCUCGACACCCUUACGCUGCUGCGUUUCCUCCGUGCCCGCAAGUUCGAUGUCAACCUCGCCAAGGCUAUGUUCGUCGAGUGCGAGAAGUGGAGGGAAGAGACCAAGCUUGACGAGACCGUCCCUGGGUGGGAGUACCCCGAAAAGGAGGAGGUUUCCAAGUACUACCCCCAAUACUACCACAAGACCGAUAAGGAUGGACGCCCCGUCUACAUCGAGCAGCUUGGCAAGAUCGAUCUGAAUGCCAUGUACAAGAUCACAACAGCCGAGCGCAUGCUCACCAACCUCGCCGUCGAGUACGAGCGUCUCGCCGACCCGCGCCUGCCCGCCUGCUCCCGCAAGGCCGGCGUCCUCCUCGAGACGUGCUGCACCAUCAUGGACCUGAAGGGCGUCGGCCUUACCAAGGCCCCCCAGGUCUUCGGCUACGUCAAGCAGGCGUCCACCCUCUCGCAGAACUACUACCCCGAGCGCCUCGGCAAGCUCUACCUCAUCAACGCGCCCUGGGGCUUCAGCACCGUCUGGAACGUCAUCAAGGCCUGGCUCGACCCCGUCACCGUCUCCAAGAUCAACGUCCUCGGCAGCGGCUACACCAAGGAGCUCCUCGCGCAGGUGCCCGCUGAGAACCUCCCCAAGGAGUUCGGCGGUACCUGCCAGUGCGCUGGUGGCUGCCACAUGAGCGAUAUGGGCCCCUGGCGCGAGGAGCAGUGGGCUCGUCCCGCCAAGUGGGAGAAGAGCGCCGAUGCUCCUGCUGCUGCUGCCCCCGCCGCCGCCCCUGCGGCUACCGAGGCUGCCCCUGCCGCCGAGCCUGCCGUCGUUGCUGCUGAGGAGGCUGCCGCCCCUGCUCCCGCUGCCGCAUAA